AGCCAUGAAUAAAGGACCGAGCAAUUUAGCUAAUACUUCUGAUGCACAUAAUUAUCCAGCUGCUUUUGGAAAUUGCACAGAUGAAAAAUUCUUACUCAAGAAACACUACCUCCCUAUUAUUUACAGCAUAAUCUUUCUGGUGGGUUUCCCUGGGAAUGCCAUAGCCAUCUCUACUUACAUUUUCAAGAUGAGGCCCUGGAAAAGCAGUACCAUCAUUAUGAUGAACUUGGCUUGCACAGACUUAUUAUAUUUGACCAGCCUUCCUUUCUUGAUCCACUACUACGCCAAUGAUGAGGACUGGAUCUUUGGAGACUUCAUGUGCAAGUUCAUCCGUUUUGGCUUCCAUUUCAACCUGUACAGCAGCAUCCUCUUCCUCACCUGUUUCAGCAUCUUCCGCUACUUUGUCAUCAUCCACCCCAUGAGCUGCUUUUCCAUUCAUAAAACCAGAUGGGCAAUUGUUGCCUGUACUGCAGUGUGGAUCAUUGCUUUGGUGUUUGUUAUACCCAUGAGCUUCUUGAUUACAUCAACUCAGAAAAGGAAUAGAUCUGCUUGCCUUGAUCUCACAAGCUCUGACAAUCUCAUCACUAUCAAAUGGUAUAAUAUAAUUCUAACAGUUGUCGCUUUCUGCUUACCCUUAGUGGUUGUGACUAUUUGCUAUAUGAUGAUAAUCUACAACCUCACUCAGGGACCUCAUACUCAGAGCUCUCAUAAGCAGAAAGCAAGAAGACUGGCUGUACUCCUCCUUGUGGUUUUCUACAUAUGUUUUUUGCCCUUUCAUAUCUUGAGACUCAUCCGGAUUGAAUCCCGCCUCCUUUUAAUCAGUUGCCACUUGGAGAAUCAGAUACAUGCUGCUUACAUUGUUUCUAGGCCAUUAGCGGCCUUAAACACCUUUGGCAACUUGUUGCUUUAUGCUGUGAUUGGGGACAACUUUCAGCAAGCCAUUUGCUCUGUUGUAGGAUGCAAAACAAAUUGUGACCCCCAGGAAAAAGGGAACAGUAGUUCUGUGAAUAGAUCUUGAAAUAAUUUUGCUGUUGACUUUGGGUUGUUUGGCUCAUAUCUACUCUUUGAGACCCCAUUUCAGGUUUUAUUGGGAAAGAUACUGGAGUGGUUUACCAUUUCCCUCUCCAGCUCAUUUUACAGAUGAGGAAACAGGCAAAUAAGGUGAAAUGAAUUGCCCAGGAUCCCAUAGCUAGUAAGUUUCUGCAGCUGGAUUUGAACUUGAGUCUUCCUGAUUCCAGGUCUGACACUCUAUCCAUAGAUAAUCACCAGUCCCUUUUUUUACUUAGACAUAACUUUAUUUGUAUAUAAAGUAUUUUAUGUUUAUGUCCAUAUAGUUCCUGAUAGCUGUGUUAUCAGGUAUACUCUCAGGUACUUUAUACUGUCUAGUUACUUUAAAUGAUCUAAAAAAAAUUGAAUAAUUGCAUACACAUAGUAUAA